AGCCCCCAAGACCAGUUUUCUCAUAUUUCAUUUCUUUUCUACUCUACUCCACCUUAAUUAAUUAUCAACUCCGUUCCGAGGUUUUCGCCAGAAUCAAUCAGCAACUUCAGCCUUUUGUUCUGUCCCGAAUCUUGUUUAGACGUGCAGUUAAAAUGAAGUAAGGGCUGAUAAAUAAGGAAGAUGAGUGUUUCUUUGACUGUGAUGACCUUUAAUCUUCUUGAAGAUCAGCCAGAGGACAGCCCAAACUCAUGGGAGAAGAGGAAGGAUUUGUGUGUGACAGUCAUCACCAGUUAUUCUCCAAUGAUUCUUUGCACACAGCGAGGGGUGAAGUCACAGUUGGACUAUCUACAGCAAUGUUUGCCAGGUUACGAACAAUUCGGGAUUUCGAGGAAAGGAUCUGAAGAUACUUCUGAUCAGCACUGCACUAUCUUUUAUGACAAGGAAAAGGUUGAGCUGAUCGAAGGUGGUACCUUUUGGCUGUCAGAGUCCCCUUCAGUACCCGGAAGCAUUUCAUGGGGUUCGACAGAGCCAUGUAUCUCCACAUGGGCUACAUUCCAGCUCAAAGGUGUCGAGCCACCAGGUUUUUCGUUUCAGAUUGUGAAUACAAAUAUGGACGAGUUUAGCCCUCGUGCUCGUAGGCGCGGUGCUUUGCUCACAUGGCAGCACAUUGCUUCGUUACCUCCUAAUUUGCCCGUUUUAUAUUGUGGGGGAUUCAACACACAAAAGGAAUCAACUACAGGGCGUUUUCUUCUUGGACGAUCAAGGGAACAUGGCGUUGUCGGUGAUAUGAGGGAUGCUUGGCCCAAUGCACGUGUGAGGAAAAACGUCUCCUUGAUUCGCACUUACCAUGGAUUCAAAGGUGAUAAACAGGGGGCUCUCGAAUUCUUGAAGUUGAUCUUCCGUGCACUUUGCCUUUGCUGGGAUCGCCAAACUCAGGAUCUGCAUGUCGACUGGAUUCUCUUCAGAGGCCGAUCGUUGAUCCCCGUCUCAUGUGAGGUGGUGAGCGACAAUGUCGACGGGUAUUAUCCUUCGUCUCACUAUCCGAUAUUUGCUGAAUUCAUGCUUCCUCGAACUCUGAGGUUGAUCGAGACCCCUACUCAAGACUGAAAAUUCCAGUUUUUGCACUUUUUCGGUUGCUGUGUAUGCAUUUUCUUGAAAUCAAAUUUCCUUGUUCUUGUCCGAUAUUUUGUUAAUUUCUUGAUCUUGAGGAGCUUGAUUGCUCAUCGUUCCCAGACAUCUCAGGGAGUUGUGCACAGGAUGUCGAGGAUCUUAAUGAUCUGGUUCUAAGGCUAUUGCAAAUGGGAAUUGGGAUUCUUACAUUUUUGAGACAUUAUCGUCAGUCUUUCUGCUCAUGUUAGAAGAUUUUUGCCCUUCUUUGUUUUGA